GCGCGUUGGACGCUUGCGCAGGUUUUUUUCACAUAAUGGAAGACCAAUGUGCAGCUGCAAACUGGACCCAGUACCAUGUGGGAGGUGGAUCAUUUGUGCCAUGGUACCACUAUCCUGCGCCUGCGUCGUUCCUCCAGCCACAUCAAGUUCACCAUCCCUAUGGUUUUGUGGUGCCUCAAGAAGGCUAUGGUCAUUAUCAGCCAGAGUUGUGGAAUUACCAGACUUGUGCGUGGCCAGACACUUCUCGUCAAGUCAACGAGCAAGUAGCAUCAGCUGUGUGGAACAAAGUGGGGAGAUUAGGAAGUGGAUUAGAAGUGGAGAAAGUAGAAAGUGGUGGUGAUUGUCAUGACACUCUGCCUAUGGAUAUUUCACCAUCUGCAAGUCCUGCCCUCAGCAUUUCAACAAGGUCUCCAACCAAAUCUACGAUUUCUAACACUGGCUCCGAACUGAAAAGUGAAGUUUUGUGUUCCAGUCCAAAAAAACCAUGUGUGUUGAACAGUGUGCAGUUUUCUACCAUCGAUUUGUCCGAGGCAUCAUCAUCUGUACUAUCACUGUUGGCAAAGUGCAAUGCUUGCAUGAAGAAAAUGUUGGCGCAAGCCAGAGGAACUAACGUUUCUUUAAGUGAACCGUGUACAUGUUCGAUAAAGCAGGAGAAAGCUGCAGACCCACAAAACAAGCCUGGUAGUGCAGCAAUGUAUGAACCAUCGAAGGUGCGCACCUAUGACAAGGAUUCACUAAUGAAGCAUAAGCCUAAAGCGAUAACUAUAAAUGACAUGAGAGAAGAACCCCAAAAGCGGGUGGUGGUUCAACGAGUAAAUGGUGUGGCAAGACUCUUUGCUCUACCUACUAAAUCUCCCAUGCCAGACAACUUGAAAAAUGUCCAAGCAAGAAAUACAGCGCAAGGUACAUCAUUCGAAACCCAUGAAGGACUGCACGGCCCCUCUUCUGCGGAGUUCAAGAUUUCAGAGCAUUGUCUGAAGCAAAAGAGCACCAGCUCAAAAGAUCCUCGGAAGGCUUCCUCUCAGAUGAAAACAGAUUGCGCAAAAAAAUUUGUUGCCCCAAGUAAGGCUGCCUCGGAAUGUACCAAGUCUUCUUGUACUUCUGCACAACCUGUCUCGGAGCACAAGGAUGGAAGAGCGCGGCGCAGGAGACAGCGUAGGCGGAAACGAGCAAAGGAUCGAUGCCUCUUUAACGCUGCGCCCCCAGUAUUGACCGGUGUAUCGCCUUGUGACACUGAGCAAAGUGUGAGUGCUAGUAAAGGCUGUUCACUGCCGCAGUCUGCACAUCUAGUGUCUACUGAUGCAGAACUGUCAACGAGCACCACUUGCGCGCGAAAGAUUCCAAGUUCUGAAGUGUCCCAUAGUGCUGAAGAGUCCACCAAUAAUAGCUUGGAGACAUUGGGAACUAAGCACAGCCCAACAAACCGGUGCAGCAUUGACACCUCAUCUUGUCAGAUGUCUCAAGAUAAGCCUGUGAAAUCUGAGCGAGAAGAAUGUCGUACAAGCUCAGAUGUUUGCGCCGGGCACAUCGAUUCUAGUACAUGCAUUGGCGAACAUUUUACUGAUGUGGUUGUAGGAGGAAAUGUGGCGGGCGUCUACUAUGCACCAGGAGCAGUGAUUGACCGUGUACUAAUAACUUCUAUUGAAAUGCGUGUUGACCCGAAACUUGGUGGCUGCACAGAACGUGUAGAUGAACCAUUUUCACUUGUAUCGCAAGCUGAAAAGCUUGAUGAAGGCUGGAUAUGGUCUUUUGAGUGAAUGUGCUGUCGGUAGUAUGUGACCCCGGUAAUGAAUCUGUGCUCAAUAUAAGUGUAUUGUAUUGCCUUCUACUUUAUUCUCAUUACGUGAGGUA